GUUUCACUUUCAUCAAAUUCUGCAGUCAAUUAUCAAAUACAAAAUUUACUUGUCAGGAACUUUAAAAAUAUUAGGGGGAUAUAUCAUUUGUGAUGCAAUAUUGGUAGGGGGGUAAUGAUAUUCAUGUCGAAACUCAAUGUGUGUUAAAAGUUUCAUUUGCAUUACUAUUAGUCUUCGGUAUCUUAUCUUAAAAUAAUAACUUAGUGUAAGUGAAAUCGAUAAAGUCAUUGCCUUAAAAUAAAAGCUGCUAACAGAAAAACCGUAAUUACUAAAAGAAAUUAUCAGUGAAUUUUUCUAUACCUUGAAUGCUAUUUUCUACAAUGACUAAUUUAAUUGAACAAAGUUAUGAUGAUAAAAAAAUAUCCCUUAUCAAGGACACUAAAAUUGAGAUAAUCGAUUACGAAAAAGGAUCCAAGACACUUCAAUUCCUCGCGACUAUUGCUGCAAACAUAUGUGUGAUGGCUGGCGGCGCAAUGAUUGUCUGGUCAAAUCCAGUUCUGUUGAUGCUCAGCGAAAAUCCAGCAAAUGAAGAAAAUCCUCUGGGUCGGCCGAUCAGUGCAGAAGAGACAUCUUGGAUCGGAACACUGCCCGCGACUGGUGCACUGAUCGGAAGUUUUUUUCCAGGAUAUUUUGCUGAAAGAUGGGGGAGACGGACAACUUUAUUGGCCAGCAUCAUACCAUCAAUGAUAAGUUGGACACUGACUGGUACAGGAAAAAGUAUAGGAGUCCUCUGUGCGGGAAGAUUUAUUUCAGGUCUAGUGAUUGCUAUUGCAUUUAACAUAACUCCAAUGUACUGUGGGGAAAUUGCGGAGACUUCGAUUCGAGGGGUACUUGGUGCAUUUUUUCAAGUAUCUAUUACUCUUGGUCAGAUAUUUGCAUUUAUUAUUGGUCCAUGUGUUUCUUACACCCAUUACUGGAUCGCUUGUGCUGCAUUACCGAUGGCUUUCUUCGUUCUCUUCUUACCCAUGCCGGAGUCUCCGCACUAUCUGGCAGCGAAAGGUCGGACAGAGGAUGUCAUCAAAGUGCUGGCAAGGCUGCGCGGAAAGAGCGAAGAUGCUGUGCAAAAUGAAGCGCAUGAAAUUAAGGCAUAUGUUCAAAAAACUUACUUUAAAAAAGCGACGACCAUGGACUUGUUUAAAGCCAAGUCUAAUUUGAAAGCACUAUUUAUUACAUGUGCAUUAGUAACUUUUCAAGAGAUCAGCGGAAUCGGUGUAGUCAUUAGUUACUCAGGACUUAUAUUUGCGAGUGCUGGAAAUUUCGGUAUCAGCGCUUCACUGGAAACUAUUAUUGUAGGAGUAGUUCAACUAAUUGGUUCGUGUGUGAACCCACUGAUUGUCGACCAAUUGGGACGUAAGAUCCUAUUGAUCAUUUCUGGUACAGGAUCCGCUCUAAGUCUUGGAGCGCUCGGACUCUUCUUUUAUCUCAAAGAUGUAGCAAAAAGUGAUGUUAGUGGCAUUGGUUGGUUACCAUUAACUUCAAUGAUUAUAUACAUCGCAACUUAUAGUGUUGGAUUGGGUCCCCUUCCUUGGACGAUUACGGUCGUUGUGAGCAAAUAUUUUAUAAAUAUUGCUACGGCAUUUGGUCAUUACUCGGCAUUUUGGAUUUUCAGCUGUUUUUGCAUUCUCAGUAUUUUUUUUACUAUAUUCGUUGUACCAGAAACUAAGGGAAAAUCAUUACAAGAAAUUCAAAACGAACUUAGUGGCAAAGCUCAUUAAUAGAUAAUUAGUUUUUAAGAAAAUUAUCUUUAGGUUGUUGUCGUGUAGAAAGAUUUUAACAAGACUUUACGUGAUUGUUAAUUGAUUAGUUACAAAUAAGGUAAAAGACCAGGUACCCGAUCAAGGAACUAAUACUCGAUCUCUCUAUGUAUUGCUAUAUCUAUAUUUAGUAAAAUUUAAUAAAUACAGUCGAACUCCAUUAACUUGGAUUCCAUUAUCUAGGAACUUCCCCCUGAAUCUUGACCCCCACUGUCUCCUACCCGGUAUAUACAUGCACCUUACAUGUAUGUAAGAGCGCAUGCGCUGUAGUUUCCUUUCUAAGGGAGAAGGGGCAUCCAUUAAGUAGAAAAUUUCUAUUAAUUUCCGCUCCUCCGUAGACUAACUAUCCGAGUUAAUGGAAUUCGACUGUACAGACAUACAAAUACAUGAGUAAUCGGGUACUAGGUCUCUUACAUACGUACGCAAGGUUUUCUACAUGUAACAGAUCUAUUGAUAAAGGCUCAGACAAAAUUUUGCCCGAAAAACUUUUGAAUCGAACUAUCACAGAACUGCCUCAAAUAAAACAAUAAAUUUAAAUCUAAAAAAACUUAUGAUAAACAAUUUAUAUAAUUAGUUAAAGUUUUGCGUAUUUAUUAAACUUUAAUGCUAGUGGACUAGCAGAAGCGUGUGUGCUUCAUACAACGGCAAAUAUAAUUAUCUCACAUAUUUUUCAU